AUGCACUUUGAUAUAUUGGCACUCCAGGAUACAAAAUUUCCUAGUGAAGAUGCUGAGCAACGUAUUACUAACCAAUUUCAGGCUAAUCAAUGUUACUGGUCCACCUUUUGUGGUCUUGUAUCCUUUUCUCCUCAAAUUCUCCUUACCCCACUCUUCUCCUCUCGGGAUGGACGGGCCCUCUGGGUUACGAUAUCCCAUGUCAAUUCGUCUUUUGAACCGUUUCAUGUCCUCAACAUAUAUGCUCCUGCAGAGCGUCACUCUCGACACACAUUUUUUCACAACCUUCUAGCCAUCUUUAAUCUUGACUCUUUUUCACUACCACUUCAGCGAUGUGUUCUCGUUGGCAAUUUCAAUUAUUCUUACUCUCGCUCUGAUUCUUCUUAUCUUAGUGCUCCUAAUGAAUGGAUCUCCUUUCUUUCUUCUACCUUUUUCAAUCUUAUGCAGCCCCCCAAUGACAAUAUAUCCCCUCCUAUCACCUUUAAAUCUCAGAGUGGUCAUUCAUGCAUUGAUUACAUUUUCUCUUCCCCCGACCUGUACCCUAUCUUUUCUCUGCCAACCAUUGAGUUUAUAGACUAUCAAUGGAGUGAUCACGCUAUAGUAUGCAGUAAUAUGCGUCUCACUAUAUCCUCCGGCAAAGGUGUGUGGCGAGCGAAUCCGCUACUAUGUCGUUCUGAGACCUUCAAGCAAACCUUGUAUCACGAUCUAGAGUCCUUAUGCGAAUCGUUUUCACCUACUCUUUCCCCUCAAGAGCAGUGGGAUCAGGUGAAAUAUCAAGUCAAACUCACAUGUCAAAAACUAGGAAGGAAACAGGCGUCCCGUCGACGUCAAGAGAUCAAGCAGCUACAGCGGCAGCGUAACAAUCUACUCUCGCGUCCAGAUGGUGCACAUCGAAACGCGAGUCAGGUGCUUAGUAUUGAAGCAGAAAUCACUCGUCUGCAACAAGAAGCAAUGGAUAUACUCGCACUCCGAGCAUCGAGCAACUGG